AUGAACAACAGACCUCAAAAAUAUAACAAAUUUUCAAGACAGCAAAUUGAUGCUCUUAAUUACUAUUUUGAGAAUGGCAUGAAAUCUACUCUGUGUUUUGAGCUGAUAAAAACAGCCGCCGAAGAAACGUUGUCUGUGGACAAGGUCAAGAAAUGGAUUGGUAACAAAGUUGCUUCUGUCAAAAGAAAAUGUCAAUCUAAUAAUUCAGAGUCACCCUUACCCUCAUGUAAUCCACCAAAAGUCCCCAAACCACCACCCAGAUUAUGGGGGUCACACGGAUAUAAUCUAUUUAGCUCCGAAUUUUUUAAAUCAGAUGAGGUAAAGGGGUUGUCUCACCUGAGUGAAAAAAAUAAAUUAACUUCUGUCAAAUGGAUUGGUCUUGAAGAAUCUGAGCAAAAUAAAUACAUACAGAAAGCUAAUGACAUGAAAAACAAGCCAAUGACAUUAGAUGAUGCUCAAAGAACAAAAUUGGUUGAUCAACAUAUGAAACUUUUAGCUGAGGAGCUCAGUUACUUGAAGUAUCUUGGUUGCCAGGCCAGCUGCUUACUGGUGAAUGGAAAAAAGAACUUUAUGUCCUUGGUUCAUCUGGAGGAAAAAGAUUUGUUCACAAUGAACCAGCAGUUUUGUGCAAGUUUCAAGCAAUGUUUGGUAGAGUAA